AUGGAUCCUCCAACUAAGGGCUCCUCCGGGACAGCCAGUCCUGUCCAUGGAACUGACGCUCGUCUUGCUGCUCUCUGUAACCGAAUGGGACGACUAUGGUCCGAGCAAACAAUCGAAGUUUGUGAGGUAGCUGCACCACAGGACAAAGUGGAGGAGUGCAAAUUAACUCUAGUGGGUAAGGUUCUAACUAUACAGACCAUUAAUUCACAAGCAUUCCAGAAUACUAUGAAAUUAGCUUGGCGCACAGAAAAUGUAGCCAUACAUCAGAGUGAAGAAGGUCUGUAUGUGAUUAAAUUUAAAUCAGAAGCAGAUAAGCAACGGAUUCUGGAUGGUGGCCCUUGGCGAUUUUCAAAUCAUCUAGUUAUUUUAAAGCCUUGGCUUCCUAAUACCCCUUUACACUGCUAUGAUUUCUCUAAGUGCGAGUUCUGGAUGCAUGUUAUUGGGCUACCUCUAGAGUGGUAUACAAACAGCAUGCUUCGUAAAGUAGUUCGUCGUGUUGGUCGGGUGCUGAUAGUGAAGUUUGAACAGAAUAAUGCUCUACCCCUCAAAGCUGGAAAAGUCAGAGUAGAAUUAAAUUUACAGCAACCUCUCAUCCCGGGUCAGCUCAUUCAAUUGGAUGGAAAGACAAUUUGGUUAGACUUUCGCUAUGAGCGAUUAUCUCACUACUGUUACUCUUGCGGGGUUAUUGGUCAUUAUGCUACACAUUGUACAACUUACCCCUUUGACAUUGAAAAAGCUGACAACAAGGACAAUCUUUAUUAUGGAAAUUGGUUGCGUGCAGAGGUUAAUCAACAUAGUCCUUUUUGGAAUACCUUUUAUGGAACCAAGUUGUCUACUAAUGAGGUUGAGGAAGUCAUCCCUGAAACUCCACAUUCGCCAACGGGUCUUAUUCCUGCCACUCAACCACAUAUUAAUACUUCAACGGAGGAUUUGCACAUACCCAAUGAAGGCCAAAUUAUUACUGCGGCUGCUCCGCUCCAAUGGAAGCCUCUUGCACCAGUUGCUAAGGAUCCUAUUACAAGAAAAUUACCCGCCAAGUUAAAGCAAGCUGAAACAGGUCCAUCUAGAUUGAAGAAGUUGAAGCACUCUCACUUACUCCCUAAAGCGGGUCCAAUGAAAAAAGCAAAGCGUUUUGGAAAUUCAGAUAAGUCUUUACACAUACCUGAGGCUCUUGAUGACACCCAUCUGCAGGAGAAUCCAAUCUUUAUUGCUGAUGAACCUGACGCUUGGGCAUUGGUGGCUAGCCCUAAACAGCCACCAAGUUACAAAUGA